GUGGAAUAGAAAGAGUUUUUCGCCCUGUUCGAAGCCGUUUAGUCACUAAAAAAGAAAAAUCAUUGUUCGGAAAAACUUACUAUUUUCGGGAACUACAAGACCAAAAAAUUACUAGUCCGUUCGCAGGUGUUGUUACUAGAAUCUAUCCCAAUCACAGUUUACAUAUCACUAGUAAAGGUGGAAUGCAAAUAAUUCUUGCGUUACAACUCCCAAAAUCUAACUACCAACCAGAAAAAAAACUGUUCCAACGGGAGGUUAUGGCCGGGCAAAAAGUAAAUCUUGAUACUGUGCUUUUCUCUCUUCAUCAACCGGAAAAAAUUGUCAGUUUAAUAGCCACUGCUUUAAUAGCAGACGAAAAAGGUCGUGUUUUAGUCUCCCAAAGGUCUUUCAGUAGUCCAAUGCCCGGACAAUGGCAAAACCCGGGAGGUAAAGUGGAGAAAAGAGAAAAUCAUGCCGAAGCCUUAAAAAGAGAAGUUAAGGAAGAAACUGGUUUGGAAGUUAAACAGGUAGGUGAUUUAAUAUUUAGAUUUAUUGAUAAAAAAAACAAGUUUGACAUUUAUUUUUAUGAAGUAAAAACGGCAGGUAAGCCAAAAGAGAAAGAACACGAUAAACGAUUAGGAAGUGAAAAAUUGAAACUAGACAAGUCUAACCGCUAG